CCCCAAAACCCCAAAACCCCAAAAUCCAACCCUUAAAUUGAAUUUGUCAAAAUCUAAAAUUUACAAUAAUUCUGAAUGUCAGAUACACGAUCAAGCACAGACUUGCUUCUUAGGUAGGGGCUGAGUUCAGAGGUUUUUCACAAUUAACCCUUGAUGUUAAUAAAUUUUAGAGAAAAUCAAACCAUAGCAGCUAGAGACGGGCAGCAGUUUAAAACAUUGACUGCCCAGAGAGACGAAGGUGUGUUAAAAUCUGCCGUUGUGGCUGAACCAUGAACUCCAAGUGUAAAAUACCUCUCUGAUUUUCUACCUCAUAAAGCAUUUACCCAAGGAGAGAGUGAUAUCGAAACUCUCCAAGAAGAGUGAUGCUAUGUUAGGCUAAGAGAUCAAGCGGAGUCUGAAGAGGCUGAAAAGAGCUGUAAUAGCUGGAGGAUAGGAGGCAUGCUAGCAGCAUUCCUAUCCCUAGUGUCUUACACAGGGAGCAACUAUGUCGCUGGCACACAGACUGGAGAUAUCUUUGCAGGCAAGGUCGCUAACUCUCUCUCAUUAGGAGUUUUUGGGAUUGUUUAUAUUGUCUUAAUGAUUAGAAGCAAAGAUCACAGAUUUUUAAAAGCAUUCAAAUCUGUUACCAAUAUUUUUGGGAACAGUCACCAAUCUUUCACAGAUGAAGAUGUCACUGAAAUCAGGAAGGCUUUAGUGGUAUCUCUCUUGUGUGGCUUUAUGAACGCUAUAGGAAUGACUAGCCUCUACAUUGCUCUCAAUGAUGCAUCUUCUCAUAACUUUAACAUAUCGAUCUGAGUAGCCAUCCUAUCUGGAAACUGACUGUAUGCACUAUGAGCUUCCUUCUUCGUGUUUAAGGAGAAAAUAAGCAUUUUCCAGACUUUAGGAGUUUUCAUAAAUCUGGGUGGGGUACUCAUUAUUUCACUAUGCCAAUCUGGAGGUGGGGUAACCUUUACAAUGGUCAUAGGAUCCGCCAUUGCCUCUUCAUGACUAGGGGUAAGAAUAAUCCUGUCAAGAUACUGCACAGACAGAUUAGAGUCCCUCGUGUUCAUCAUGGCCAAUUUUAUAGCUGAGCUCAUCUUUGGUAUCGCUUGGAUUUUGGUAUCCUGAGUUGGCCUUUUUGAAUUCCAUAUUGAAAUUUCAGCCCAAAUGGUCGUCUUUUUCGGAGGAAUCUUUGCAGCAUGUGCAGAGAUCUUCCUAUUUAUAGGUGUUGAGAGAGGAAUCGCUGGGGCCGUCGUAUCCAUUGCAGGGACCAACACCAUACUCGUAGGAUUACUCAAUUGGAUCUUCCAAGGAGCCAUUCCUAGCUUCGUGCAGGUACUUGCAAUCGGAUUAACCACAGUUGGAAUUAUUGUCAUGUCUACCGGAGACAUGUUGCUCAACUACAUCCGAAGGCAAUUUACCGCAUCUUUAAAAUAAGAAAAAUUAUC